AUGGCGUCGUGGUCCACCGGCCUCUGCGGCUGCUUCCACGACGCUCGGCGGCUACCGUACCUUGCUGCAGGCUGCCUGACCUUCUUCUGCCCGUGCGUUGCCUUCGGGAGGAUCGCCGAGAUCGUCGAUAAGGGGGCGACAUCAUGCUGUGCGAGCGGGACGCUGUACAUGCUGCUGGCCAUGACGACGGGGAUAGGCACCAGCUUCUACUCCUGCUGCUACCGUGCCAAGCUGCGGGAGGAGCACGGGCUCGCGGAGAAGCCCUGCGGCGACUGCUGCGUCCACUUCUUCUGCGGCCUCUGCGGCCUCUCCCAGGAGUACCACGAGCUCAAGAACCGCGGCUUCGACAUGAGCGCGGGAUGGGAAGCCAAUGCGGAGAGGAUGGGGAAGACCGCCGCGCCCUAUGUGAACUCCGGGAUGACUCGUUAGUCGAUCCAAAUGCAGUGCACACUUCUAUUCAAGUAGUCAACAUGCAGCUUCUAUUCUAGUCUUGUUUCUUGUGAUCCCUGUAAUAUGUGUUAG